AUGAAGAACCCUGAAACCAUUCUCGAACGUCUGAGCAUUACAAUGGGUGAAUUAAGAGCAAGAUAUCCCACAAAAGAAGACUGGCUGAUGUCGAUUCCACCUGUAAGCUCCAAUUCUCACAUAAAACCUACUAGUGUUAAUAGGUUUUUUACAUCAAACAUCAGAACUAGAGGUAUGGCUUUUUAUGAAGCAUACGCAGCGGCAAAGGAGUCAAAUGACGAGAAGGAGUUAUGCACUAACGUUGCUUCUAUGUUAUGCGACGUGCACGAUGGAUUCAGAAGCUCUGUCGAAGAAGCAUUGCACGGAAUAGGUGUAAUACCAACUGUGGUGUGGUUACCAGCUGACAAGGACGUUGCUGAUGGAUUGGUUUGGCCUUUAAUUCUAAUCAUCUUCGGGUGUUGUAUUAUUAUGCUUUUGAAGAAGUUGACAGAUGAGGUAAAUUUUAAGUAUUUUAUGAAUAACUCUAUCAGUGAACUGAAACAGAUUCUUGGGUAUGAUGCUGAUUUGGAUAUUCCAUUUGAUUUCGAGAAAGCAAUUGAAAUUAGGAGAGAUCUUGGUUAUUCUUCAAGAUUACGUCAAGACGCGAUUAGAUUUAUCUUGAAGAAAAGUAAUAGUACAGCUCAAAAAGAUCGAAAAAUUAGUGGUGUGUGUCAUUAUUUGUGUAAUGUGUUAGCUUGGUCAGAAAUGCGUCAUUUCAAAGUUAUCAAAGAGAGUUUAGUUAAGCCUAAAUCCCUUAUUCUUCUUCACCCUAGGAUUGCACGACAGGUAGAGGCUUUCACCAAGGCAUGUGAAUCUGUUCAAUCUCACAUUUGCCCUCAGUUUUUCAUGUUUUUGGCUCCAGUGUCGGAUGUAAUACAAGCUAGGCCUUCUAGAUUUCGUACAUUGAUUGCUAUUGCUCAAGAACUUGAGAGGAAAGGCAACAAUUGUCCAAUUCCAGUGAAAGGUGCGGACUGGAAAGUAGUACAAGAUUUGGUGAAACUUCAUCGUGACACAUAUGGUUGUAACUCCUCAUGA